AUGGCGUUCAACUUCAACUGGUCGCCGUUGAUGGCGGACGCGAGUUUUUACUCGCGCGCCCAAGAACUGCUCACUGCCGCGCUUAAUAAAUCACCCAAACCACCCAUCAUCGUCGAUGAUAUUAUCGUCACCGAGCUCAACCUGGGCUCCAUGCCCCCGAAACUCGAAAUCUUGGAGAUCGGCGAUCUGGCCGAGGAUCGCUUUCGCGGUAUCUUCAAGAUGUCCUAUUCCGGCGACGCCUUCUUGACGCUCAAGACCCGAGUCCAAGCGAACCCGCUAAAUACCUUCCUACUCACACGACCGGCUUUCGCAUCACCACAACCAUUAGCUGCUGCAACCCCACUCACCAUUCCUCUCCAAAUCACCCUCUCCGACUUCAAGCUCUCUGGUUUUGUGAUCCUGGUCUUCUCGAAGCAAAAAGGAAUUACAGUCGUAUUCCGCAACGAUCCGCUCGAAUCCCUCAAGGUCUCCUCUACUUUCGAUUCGAUCCCCUUUGUGCGCGACUUCUUACAAAAAGAAAUCGAAGCCCAACUACGAAUUCUGUUUAUGGACGAAUUGCCAGCCAUUAUCCAUCGCUUGUCGCUUCGGCUCUGGGUACCGGAAUAUCGCACGGGAGAAGAGAGCCAGAACCAAACAGACAAUACAGAAGCUACAUCAAGUGAGGGCCCUGGCCAAGACCCGUUGGCAAGCCCCCCGCAGGACCCCGUCGAUUCACUUGGAAAUGCGCUGAACGAAUCUGAAAUCGCGUCCCUAUCACUGGACUCCUCUGUCGAGACACAUUCCCUGUUUUCUCAAAAGAACCUUCUUCGCCUCGCCGCGCUUACCGACUCCCAACGGACCCUCUCGCUUUUCACCCCCUCCAUCCAAGAGGUUGUAUAUCGAGCAUGGACAUCUCCCGCCGACCCCUGUGAAUUUCCCGGCAGCGUCAUUUCGCCUCUCAGCCCGGCACUUUCUCGAACUCAUUCGCAGGUGGGCAGCCUGGCAUCCUCCGUCCACGAGACCUCCAGCAAUGUCUCCAUCCAAAGCCGUCCUUCCCUGGGCAGCCACUCGCUCAGUAGCUAUGGAUUGAACGUAGGGGCUGGACGUCAUUCAAAGGCCCAUCAGCGAAAGCGCAAGAAGCGUGUUGUGGACCUGCGUCGUCCCAAGACGACCGAUGAUGCCAUGAGCGUCAGCGAUGACAGCUCGCUCAGAGAGUCAAGCAGCCCGCCAUCCAUCUACUCCGCGCCACUGCCCGUUGUCAACGAACAGAACGACGACCCAGUGACCCCCCCGCUUUCCCCCGAGACCGAUUUGCACUUGCCAUCGAUUCCCGAGCGACACCGCAUGAGCCUCUCGCGUCCGUCUCAACGCCGCACCGCCUCUGACCAGGGAGACCUCGGGUAUUCCGUCGAAACAAUUCGCCCCUCCAAGGGUGAGGAUGUCGAAGCUACUCCCCGUGCUACCAUGCGCGGUCACCAAGAGAAGGCCGAGGCCGGACCCUCGUCUGGCUCUGGCUCUGUCCAGCCACCACUUCCCGCCACCGUGCUUCCGCUCACCAAAGAAGAGACCGCGGCCGGCGACUCCGUCGAUCCUUUGCUAGUCGAGCGACUGGCCGGCGAGAUUGCUCGUCGCAUGCGUGACGAGAAACUCAUGGCGAACAACGCGUGCAGCAACUUUUGGAGUCGCGCGCACGACGAUACACCACCACCGGCUUAUGGCCACUAA